AUGAGCUGCCUUUAAACAGCAGGAGAAGAACUUCUGGUUUAUCGACCGGAAUUGACACAAAAGACGGUAAACAAAACACGGAAUUGCACCAAGACUAUCGGACUGUAAAAGAACGAGCAUACCUGAGUGAAGAAAUCUCGUAUAUUAGGGAUUUCUUUCUACCUUUGAGUUUGGAGAAACUACACGUCGUCCCGGAUAUCUCGAUGGGUGCUCACGGAGUUCUGGGUAAUGAACCCGAGUCUAUCGACUAUUCGGUCCACGAAGCCUGGAACGAGGCCACCAACGUCUACCUGCUGGUCAUACUGGUCAGCUUCGGCCUUCUCAUGUAUGCUAGAAAGUAAGGAUAUUUUCUCUUUGUCACUUGGUUCAAAUAAAGUGGAUGCCAGGCCCUGUCUAUAAGCAUUUUAAAAUAACAGCUUUGUGGUUCUGUCCAUGUGAGGAAAUGGACCGACCCAGUUUUUAUUGCCUUAUUGGUACAGAUAAAAUGAGUACGCGUUGUUCCGCGUCUUUGAAUCUAAUGCAUGAUGGUGAGAGUUUAAUUCUUGAGCUCUCAGUAUGGUGUUCUGCUGCCUCUAAUCUCCCUGGUUCCGGUCCAGAAACAAGAGGAAGAUCAUGCGGAUCUUCUCUCUGCCACCCAGCACCGGCAGCAGCCCGGAGCCCAACUUCUACGAUAGCCUGCAGAAGGUCCGCCUGAGGCAGCAACUGGAAAUGUACUCUCUGGGUGAGCAACCAGUGUAGCCUCAAAACAUAUAUGUGAAAAUAUCCAGUGAUGAUGUGUCCUUGCCUAAUUUUGAAUAGGCCCCUAUCUCAUCUGAUCAGAGCUCUGAAAAUCGGAACCUCACUCUAUCUCUGAAAGUGUGCUGUGGUAUGUAAGACCAAGACAUUCGCAGCAAGUUCUGUAAUCUGAGAAAAGGGUAAAUGGUUGCACAAUGAACAGAUGCUCAAUACCAUGAACUCUGUGUUCAAAUACCUACUUGAAUUGCUUUGUGAUCUACUUCUGAUGUCUGUUUUAUAUUUGGACUUUGGCUAUACAGCCUUACACACCUCAUACUGGGAUACACUGUGCCUUUCUGUCAGAGCCAGUAUCAACUUCUUCAGCAGUUUGAGCCACAGUAGCUCUUCUUCUAGCUUGGACCAUUUAUUUAUUUUUUCCUCUUCAGAGAAGUGUCAACUGAGGAGAGCUGCAGUUUUGCAUCAUCACAGUUUGGUCUCUUUCAGAGUUACUCACAUCCUAACUAUCCCAUCUUUCCUGUCUCCAUGCAUCACAUUUCUAACCCACAGCCAGGAGCAGAAAGUCUAUGGUGUGAUAAAUGAUGAGAACAAAAGUUUACAUUUCAGACGGUACAGUUGUAUGGAGACCAGUGAUCCAAAAAAUGAAUAAAUAAAUAAACGAUAAUAAUAAUCACUGACACCAAAAAAAAAAGAAUACAUUUUGCCAAACACCCGGUAGUGCACAUCGACAUCCUUCUGGGGUAAAUAACCUCUCCUCCUGUGUGUGUUUUAGCGAGGAAAUUUGAGCAGCAACAGCAAGGGCAGACGGAGUGUGUGCAGCUCUCCAUGGAAUGAGAGCAAGAUCCUUUUUGUCGGAGCUGAUAACCCUCAAGCACCCAGGAGCCCCCUGUUCAUCAAUAGGGUAGGAAAUGCUUUUAUCAUAAAUUGUGCUUGUGUCUGCUUGGCUCUGCCUUCAUUUACCUCCUGUUCCCUUUUUGUCUCCUUUAGGGUAGGUGCAACUGGACCAAUGGAGCAGCUUAGAGCACAGGAGAUUGUGGCAACUUUCUGGUCUGCUGUGUGACUUUGAACUGUGACUGUAUCUCAGAAAGAAGACUUUAACUCUUACUGAGUCACCGGGGCACCUUUGUAAAAUGUAUGUUGAUGAUGAAUUCAGGGUACAUUAGCCUUCAAAUUCUGUGCAGGAUCUACUUAUCCUUUUUAUUUGUACGUAACAUUUUUUUGAGCUGGGGAGGAAAUUCCCUAAUGUGAAAGUGAAAACUUUUAUUAACACAGACCUAACUAAAACCUGAUGUUUGCUGGUAUGGGUUUUUUGUUUUUUUAAAAACUUAUUGUGCAACAUGGAGAAAUUGAGGCCAAGAUCCAACCUACAUUAAUAUUGUUGUUGUUAAAAAAAAAUAGAAUAACCUUCAUUCCAGUGUGGGCUAAUGUACACAAUGUAACUUCCCCUAAGAUGGAUUUUCUCCUCCAGUCCAGCCGCAACAAAAAAAUCCAUCAAUGAGUGGAGGUUAGGCUUUUCCUGCAAUGUAGGUGUCUGCAAUACAAAAAAAAUUCAAAUCAGUGACUGUCAGCUGCUGGGUUUCAAGUUCUACUGACAAAACUUGCUGCUUCAGUACUCUGAGCGGUGCUGUCCAGUUUACCUGACAAGGUAGAGAAGAGCACACCUGGAAGAAGAUAUCACUCAUCCAUCCUCUCAUUUAUUUCCACUAAGUCUUAAUCAUGACAUGCUAUAGGUGUUGACUUUAACAGCAACCCUCAACUCUUUUGAAGAAGGGGAGGCUAUCUGAACAAAAUCCACAGUACAAUGUUGUCAAAAGUAUCAAAACCUGGAUAGUUGAAACAGUGUUGGUCCUUUUUUUUUUUAGCUGUAUCAAUACCACAGUAUAUUAAACUACAUAUUUUUUUGCUCUGUCAGCAAGUUAACCCAUACACAUGUUAUGGAGACUACACAGUCCUCUCUGCUCCACAUCUUAGCUGCUGUUGUUAACUCACAGUUUGGAAACCUUAUGAUAAUUUCUGUCUGAACAAAAAUCCGAUUAUUUUAGUCUCUGUGAAAUGACAAAAAUAAAAGGUUUGGAGACAC